GACGCGACACGUGCAGCCUAUUCCAUGGGAGCACCAUCUUCAGUGUGUCAAAACGUUGAUGUCCAGGCUACUAGUAGGAUGUCUGGCCCUACCCAGGAAGAAGAGGACUUGCCUGCCAAUCACACAGGUCCAAAAGGUGUCAUUAAUGACUGGCGAAAGUUUAAGUUGGACAGUGUGGAUCAGACCAUCCCUCAAAACAAGAGAGAGCUGCUAAGACAAAUGUCCAGUCAUCGAGAGGAUGACAAGGAAAGACUCAACAGGAAGAUGAGUGUUCAGGAGUACGAACUGAUCCAAGACGAGGAUGAGCGUUGCCUGAAACGCUACAGAAAACAGUGCAUGCAGGAAAUGCACGAGCGCCUGAGCUUCGGUCCUAAGUUCGAAGCAGUCCAUGAGCUUGAGAGUGGAGAAGCCUUCCUGGAAGUCAUAGAGAAGGAACAUCGGUUGACCCUGGUGGUAGUUCACAUCUACCAGCACAGUGUCAAAGGCUGUGAACAGAUGAACUCAUGUCUGGACUGUCUGGCUUCAGAGUACUCCAGCGUUAAAUUUUGUCGUAUCGAUGCUGUGACAACAGGUGCUGCUGAGCGCUUCUCCCCUGAGGUUCUUCCUGCUCUGCUGGUGUACAAGGCGGGUGAGUUACUGGGUAAUUUCCUGGCUGUUACCAAACACUUCAGUGAAGACUUCUUUGCAACGGAUGUGGAGGCAUUUCUCAAUGAGUAUGGCCUCUUACCUGAGAAAGACUUCACAGCAUGUGCUGAUGAUGACGAUGAGGGAGGGGAUGUGGAAUAG